AUGGCCAUGGCUAGGAUGCUCCUCCUCCUCGUCGCCAUGGCUCUACUGGGCUCCUGCAGCGCUUCGGAGCUAACGGGAGCGCCGGUCAUCCACCCGUUGCGGCAGCUGCUUGGCUCCGGCAGGGAGCUGGCGAGCCGCGGCGGCGUGCCGUGCGACAGCUGGAUGCUCGGCGUCGAGGCCCACAACGUGAGGGACUGGAAGACGGUCCCGGCCAACUGCGAGGGCUACGUCGGGCACUACAUGCUCGGCAGCCACUACCGCCGGGACUCCAAGGUCGUCGUCGACGAGGCCCUCGCCUACGCCGAGACCCUCAAGCUCGCCGGCAAAGGCAAGGAGGUGUGGGUGUUCGACAUCGACGAGACCACCCUCUCCAACCUCCCCUACUACGCCAAGCACGGCUUCGGGACUAAGCCGUUCAACGCGACGAGCUUCAACGCGUACGUCCUGGAGGGGAGCGCGCUUGCCCUGCCGGAGACGAAGCGGCUGUACAAGAAGCUGCUGUCGAUGGGCGUGAAGCCGGUGCUGCUCACGGGCCGGACCGAGGACCAGAGGGCCAUCACCAUCGCCAACCUCCUCCACCAGGGCUUCUCCGGGUGGAUGAACCUACUGCUCAAGCAGCCCGGGUUCAAGGGCUCCGCCGUCGCGUACAAAUCCGGCGAGAGGCAGAAGCUGCAGGACGCCGGGUAUGUCAUCGUCGGCAACAUCGGCGACCAGUGGAGCGACAUCCUCGGCGCGCCAGAGGGCACCCGCACCUUCAAGCUGCCUGACCCCAUGUACUACAUCGGCUAGAUCAGCUCUUGAUUGCUCGUGAUGAUUGAUGAACAAGCUACUAGCUCCAUGCUCCUGUAUGCAUGCUUCAUUAAUAAAAGUAGAUCGCAUCAACUUUUGCUUGGCUAAUUUCCUUAGCUGGGGAGUUAAUUAAUAGACUCAUGAAAUAGUCCGUCCUCAUUUGGAUCUU